CAACAGUAUUCCUUUCCCUGCCUGACGCUUGCAAGUGGCACAGCUGCUAUCUAUAGCACGACUCUAUUUUCAGACCAUGCAGACAGGACGCAAUGGAACUCGCACCAAUCUUUAUUUAUCGUCCGGUUCUGGGGGGGAAAUGGCCAAUUUUCACCGGAGUCACAUGCUGUAUUGUCACUUGAGAGACACUUUUCGGAGGAAUAAAGGAGGCGGGUUAAGAGAUCAUGGAAUUGCUCGAAGGCCCGAGAGUCAAUGUGGAUAUGCAUGCUGAGAAUGCGACCCUCGGUCCGGAGGACGGGGAGCACCGCGCAGGCUGGGUGAGGGUGAGGGUGGAGGAGAGCUGGUUCACCGUGGAACGCGGCUUGCUGGCGAGGUGCAGCGAUUACUUCUGCGCCCUCUUUCAGUCCGGGAUGAGAGAAAGUCUCCAGGAGGAACUCCACCUGAAGGGAGGAGUGCAUGCGAGGGGUUUCCUCAUUGCCCUUUCUGUCUGCAGGGGGGAGAUUCCCACCCUCAGUGACCCGGACGAGCUCACGGAAGCGGUGGAAUGCGCUGCGUUCCUGCAGGUUGGGUGCUUGGUGCAAUAUCUUUGUGACAUUAUCGACUCAGACAACUGCCUCUUGCUUUACUACGUCGCCUCCGUCUUCGGGGUGCAUAAACUGCUGCAUAGUGCAGCUCUUUUCCUGUGUGAUGCCUCUGAUGGUUUAAAGGAAGUUGCAGAGAAGACAGUUCCUGAAGAGCUUCUUCGCUAUUCUCAGUCUUUGUCUCCUUCUGUUUAUGUUGCUAUAGGCACCCACUCUCCUUCCAUGGAGCUUCUGCACGACUCCUUCAGAGUUGUUUGCUAUCUUGAUGAAAAAGAGGGCGAGUGGAAGCAUUUAACUAACCUCCCGACUCUCUGUAGCACCUCCAUGGCUGGUGUAGCGGUGCUUGAGAAUCGCUUGUACAUCGUAGGGGGAGUUUACGGUUACGGUAAGGACACAGUAAACAGCAGCUUUUGCUACAACCCGGACUCAGGGGUCUGGACUGCUCUCCCUGGACCCCAGCAACCCAGAUAUGACUUCACCCUGCUGGGACACGAGGGACGACUCUAUGCCAUCGGCGGCGAGUUCCAAAAACGGAUCAUUUCUACAGCAGAGAGUUACGACGCUGAGAAGGGAGAGUGGACGUUUAUACAUCAUGCACCAAGACCUGUAGCCUCUGCCGCCUGUGCUGUUGCAAGACGGAGGAUGUUUGUUUGCUUCUGGAAACCACCAGACACCACAGACAUCUACGAAUAUGUUCCACUGAAAGAUGAAUGGAAACUUGCCACCACAAUGAUCAGACGUCAAAGCUAUGGCCACUGUAUGGUAGCACACAGGGACAAUUUGUACGUGAUGCGCAAUGGGCCUAGUGACGACUUCCUGCGCUGCCUCAUGGACUGCUACAAUAUCACGACAGGCCAGUGGACAGCCUUGACCGGACAGUACAUCAACAGCAAGGGGGCGCUGUUCACUGCAAUGAUCAGGGGGGACUCUGUGUUCACAGUCAAACACAUGCUAACUCUUGAAUACGCCAUCGCUGGAGAUGGAUGGAAGCCCCGCAGGCAGAUGAAGGGAUUUCCAAAGAGCGGUUCACUGUGGACGUGUUUACUCAGGCUUCCCAAGACGGGCCCAGUUAUACCACAGCUGGAUCCAGACGGGAAGGAAGAAGAAAUGUCUUUGCCAGACACGUCUGAGGGGUUUGUGGCAGCUACACCACAACUGUGAAAUUACAGCACAACUGAGGCUGCGCAAUGUUUUUAAGGGUUUACUAAAAUACUUGAUGAUUGUGGAGACUGCAAAGUGACACAAACAUUCUUCACUUCAGUGCAUUUCAUUUUUACGCGCGCACACACACACGCACACACACACACACGUACACAUGCUGACACUAAGCGUUUGUUCUGAUUAGCAACAGCUGCUACUGUAGUUUAUAUUGGGGGAGGCCGCUGUGCAUGUGUGUGAGUGGAGUUCAAAGGGACUGACGGGAUGUUCUAAACCUCUUAUUCCCCGUGUUUUUCCUGAAGUCACACUGGGCCAAUUCAGGAGCCACCGGCCAACCACUCAACAUAAAACACAGAUCUCUCACACACUCGUCCAGGUUUGUUGCCCCGUGAGUGAUUAAAUACCUGUUUCUGUGGGAGGAUACAUUUCACGUAGCCUCAAGCUUGUGACCGAGUGUACGUGGGAAAUGAUUUUGUCUUGUACGGCCACGGACUCGAGUACAUUAAAAACCAGUGGAAUUCUCUGGCAACAUGUGA